AUGACAAAAUUAUUUCCACAUUGGUUUAAACAACACAAAUAUUAUUUAUUAGUUAAUCAUGCUAAAGAAUAUCAUCAAUUCAAUCAUAAACUUUUAUUUGUAUUAAUUAUUACAAUCACUUUAAUUACAUGGAGUAUAUUCAAUUUAGUUGAUGAUAAAUACGAUGAUGCAUUUCAUAGAAAUAACUCAUUGAAGAAUAAAAUUCACAUUGUCAUUUUAUUCGACGGUGAUAGUGGUCUGAAAUACUUGAACACUCUACUGAAAUCAAUUUUUUAUCAUCAAUAUGGAAGAUUUCGUUGUGAUUUGAAAAAAUGUUGUGUGUCAAAUCUUUGUGAUCGAUUUGAUGAGAAUUGUCACAGCAAUGCAAUGAAUGUGCUCGCUACAUCAUAUACAACUGUAUUUCAUUUUUUAAUCAAUAACAUGUCAUCGAAUGGUGCUUUAAUAGAUUUAAUGAAUUCGUGGAAAGUACAUAAUAUGGAGUAUUAUUUCUAUAGUUGUAAAGAUCAUUUGGAAAAUCUUCAAUGGAUUAAAUCUAAACAUCCUUCAGGUUGUAAACCAUUUUUAAAAUUUAUGGUUACUGAGAUUCUUCCAUCGAAUAUCAGUAAGGUUAUUAUACUAGACAUUGACAUGCUCAUUAAUACAGACAUCAUUGAAUUAUGGAAUCAUUUUGAAAAUUUCAACGAAACUCAGAGUAUAGGUAUUGGAUUAGAACAAAAUGUUUAUUUUCAAACUGUUAUGGGUAUGUUAGAAAGUAAUUGGGAAGGUUAUGGAUAUAAUAAUGGUGUAAUGUUAUUUGAUCUGUCCAAACUAAGACAGAUUUUAUGGAAUAAAAUAUGGAUAUCUUUAACAAGGGAUGCAUUGGAUAAACAAGGUAUUUUAAUCACAGGAGAACAGGAUACUUUGAAUUUAGUGUUAUUUAAAUAUAAGCAAAUUUUAUAUGAGAUACCAUGUGAAUGGAAUAUUCAACUAAGUGAUGGAAUUGAUAAGAAUCGAUGUCCUGUGAGUUGGUUAACUUUUGCAGAAUUGAAGAAACGUAACUAUUCAACAUUGUUCAAACAACCAAAAAUGGUUCAUAUCAAUCAUCAUAAAAAACCAAAUGAUGUAGUUUGGCAAAAUGUAACAAGUAAACGCAUUGAUCAGUUGGAUAAGAUUCUUGAACCAAAAGAAUUGUAUACCAAAUUCCUGUCAAUGUAUCGUCAAUAUGCAGGUUUAAAAAAAUGGUGUUUCAAUUAG